GCCUGGCUCGGCGAGUCUGGUGACGCCGCUCUGGUUUGACAACCACCCCGCAGCCAAUGCGGAUCCACGUCGAGCACGAACGGAGGGAAGCAACAAAAUACAAAUUUCCUUCCUGCACGUCAAAGCGUUACCUGCCCGCUCCUGUGUGAUUCAGGUAAAAGGAAGCGGGAGACGCGGCGAUGGCCCUGUCUCAGUGCCUGGACGACUCACCUCUGAGGUUUGGUCCAAAACCUCGCGGGACAGACGAGCUGAACCUACAGGAAGUGUACAAUGAGAGGCACCGACUGGCUCUGGAAGAGCUGCUGUCCGGGGGUCUUGAUAACUUUCUGGACUUUCUCGUGAGAGAGAGGAUCCCCAACUUUCUGUCGGACGAUGAGAUCCAACAGAUCAGGAGCGCCGCCGUGCCACCGCGGUGCUCGUCUUUCCACGGGGAGGAACAGGCGCUCGAGCGGUCGCUCAGUAGCACCCUGGACUGCUCCUCGGUCACUUAUUUCCCAGAGGUGUCAGACGUGGAGCCGCCGCUCCUGGAGCUCGGAUGGCCCGCCUUCACAGCGGGCUCCUACCGGGGAGUGACGCGGGCCGUGGCGCACUUCCAGCCCAGCUACGGCGAAUGCAUUUACAGCUGCAAGGAGGCUGCAAGGCGCAUGAUUAAAAGUGCCAGAGAGGUGAUUGCCAUAGUUACAGACUCCCUGACAGACCUGGAUAUCUUUAAGGACCUUCAGGAGGCCUGCUCCCAGCGCAGAGUCCCUGUCUACAUCCUGCUGGACCAGUCGUGCGCGCCCGCUUUCCUCAAGAUGUGCAAAAAUGUCAACGUUCGCCUGGAUGACCUUCGGCAAAUGAAGGUGCGAACUAUAACCGGCACAACUUAUUACAUGAGAUCCGGAGCGAGCAUUACGGGUAAAGUUCACGAGAGGUUCAUGCUGGUUGAUGGAAACAGAGUGGCUACAGGUUCCUACAGGUUCGACUGGACUGAUGGCAAACUAAACAGCAGCAACCUGAUUGAGCUUUCUGGUCAGAUAACUGAGAAAUUUGACGAGGAGUUUCGUAUCCUAUAUGCCCAGUCUCUACCCAUAAACACUCACGGACCUCCAAGUGUCCGCAACAGCGGCAUCUUUGAGCACCUCAAACACUCAGCUGCUUCCUCCCCUCACCUGCGUAGUGAGAGGCCAGCGUGUCUGACAAGCACGCCCAGCCGUAAGCCACAAACGCUAGCAUUGCAGCUACCUUGUGACCACGCAUCUCCACAUAAAGCCAGCCCAGAGUCUGACACUUCGACUCUAAACGACGAGUGGAUGGAGCGGCAGCACGUUCAGGAGGAGAUCCUUGCUGGCAGCACGACUCCACAUUUCUCUGCAGAGCAGCAAGCAGAAAAAGAGACGGAGACCCCCAGCACCUGCCACGUGUCGACUCAGACGAGGCGGUCGGUGACGGAGGCUGAAAGCCAGACCGACCUGCAGCUCCCGCAGCAUCUCAGCAUCAUUACUCAAAUAAGCAGAGGGCCGAGCCAGGACACGUCUCCCCACUUGGUGUCUUCCAGACUGCCCGUGCCCACCCAGGCAGCUCCAGACACCACUUUAAAGGAUUGCUUCCGCAAGCUGACCAAAGAGCGCCAGCACCACUACACAACCAUCCGCUCCAAGCUGGAACACAUGGUGACCGCCCUGUCCGAGAGGCGGGAACUGGUGGACGUCACCAACGUGACUCAGGGGCUUGGCGCUCCGGGCAGUCAGAGGAUACACAAAGACUGUGUGCAGGAACCCAAUCCCAGAAUGCCUGCUGACAGUGCGGGCAUGGGAACAUGGCCAAGAGCCAGAUGUGUACACUAGUUUGUCUUCGGGGAUUUUAGUGGUGGUGGGUAGUGGAGGGAAAUGUUACAAAGUUUCUCUGUGCUAAAUAAAUCAUGUUGGCUUAUGUAGGAGAAUUUCAGCUUUAUUCUCUUUGUCUAAUUUUCUGCAGUGCCCGUUUUUUUUUUUUCUCCUUCUUUUCAUCCUUUGUCCUUCCCAUGUUGGAACAAUCCUUUCCAAAGAGGUAACAGACCUGCAACUGACAUCGACGUGGCAGAAAUUGUAACCAAAGACAACGUAGUAAGCAUGUCUUACUGUGAAUAUUGUAACACUAAGCUGAUUAAAAUGGAGUCAUAUCUGCUGAAGUGCGAGAGAAAACGAAUCUAAGCACUGGUUUUUUUUUUUGGUUUUGUUUUUUAAACUCAAAUUUGUCUGCUGUAGUUACAUUGGAACAUGAUCCCGAGGAGCAGCUGUGCCUUGCAGAUAAAUAAAGUAGUAUUUUGCUGUA